AUGGUACACGACACCACGUUUACUCCACUUGCUAAGGUGACAAUCAACGGCGCGGAUUCGCCCUGGAUCGACCUUCGAGUUCUCGACGCUGAUUGGCACCACGUUUGCCUGACGUGGGAGAAUAACGGACUGGUCCGGCUCUUCACUGACGGGCAGCGUAUGACAGAACAGUACGGACUGGGAGUCGGCCACGUGGUCAACCCUGGAGGCGUGUUUAUCCUGGGACAGGAUCAGGACUGGGUCGGAGGAGGCUUUGAUUUUGGAGAGGGUUAUCUGGGCCACAUCUGCAAUCUGAACAUGUGGAACUGGGUCCUGAACCUAGAUGAGAUGGCAGAAGCGAACAACUGUCGUCUGUACGGUAACGUCAUCGACUGGAGAGACGUGCAGGUGUCUUUAUACGGAGCUGUGGAACAAUACUACAUGGAAGAAUGUGCUGCCACCAACAUAGUUGACGACGGCUGCCCAGUCGGCUACAGACUACUCCUCGACACCUGCGUCCGACUCUCUUCCGACGGAGUGUCCCAUGAUGUUGCUACCCAGGCUUGUUUAUCGGAGAGUGCGACUCUUGCCAUGCCCAAGACACGAGAAUUUGACCUAGCCUUGAGAGAGCUGGUGAUGACCGAAGGAGGAAACGGACAGUACUGGAUCGGUUUGUGGGAAGGUACAACCUACACAGACUGGCAAUGGAUUGACGGGACUGCCUUGCACACUUAUGACUACCAGGGCUGGAACCCAGGAGAGCCCAGUAACACUAGAUUUUUUUGGAAUAUUUGCGUCUCGUACUGGUCAGGACCCACGGGUUACCCCAUGUGGGAUGACGCUGACUGCUUCUACGCCCACCCUUUCAUCUGUCAAACGUCUCCACUGUGAAACAUAACAUCAGACAGAACAUCAUAUUCAUAUAGUAAGCUUCUUUAGGCACAACCAAGGAGUACUUAUUUCCAACGUUUCCAUGUCUAUCCCCACUCGUCUCUGUUCAUGACUGGAGCUGAUUUUCUAGCUGAUGCAAUAGACUGGGAUGGGGCUAGAGUCAUAGACAGUGAGGAAAACAGAAGAACACACUGGAUUAAGGAGGCAGUUUGGAUCAGAA